AUGAACUCUCCGGUUAUCUCUAAGAUUUGUGCAUGGGGAAUAAUGUUAGGGCUCAUUGGGGUUUCAUUUCUCGCCAUGGCUUAUGCUUGCUAUGACAAGCACAACGCUUCGAUACCAAGCAAUGGAGAGCAAGAGAAACUAGGAAAGAAGCAAGUAUUGAAGCCGCUAGAUAUGGAACCAAAGAUUGUUGUUAUAAUGGCUGGUAAUGAAAACCCUACCUUCUUUGCUAAGCCAACAAAGAUCCAUGCAUGA